AUGCCACCGGCUGGGCUUUUGGCUCGGCGCGUCGUGCGUGGGGGAGCUGAACCGCUGGUGAGGUCUGUGCGUCCUCUCAGAGCGUGGACGCGAUGGCUGCACGGGGGCAGGGAGCCACAGGAAGAAGAGAUCCCGUACGCCGACGUGCCUCGGCCCGGGAGGAAGUGGGAGAGGAAGCCGUACGUGACGCCGAUGAAGGUCCUCAUCCGGAGGGCCAAGGAGGAGAGACAGGCCCGGCAGGAGGCCCCGUGCCGCGUGCUGGAGCACCCACCCGCCAAUGGCCUUCUCGUGCCGCACCUCGUCGAGGUUGCGCAUCGGGUGCACAGAGCAAGGGAGAGGCUCCUCAGCGGCCUCGCCAGCCUUGUCAAAGGCGAUGCUGCCAUCCCGGUGAAGCGAUGCAGGAGUAACGGUGUCAAGUGUCUGAUCAGGUUCUGCUCGGAGGUGCACAUCGGUGACGUCGGGCAUGAGAUCAGGACGUGUGAGGGCCCCAACAGCGCGUCGAGGAACUCCUUGCACGUGUGGCGGCCAGGGACGGUACGGGACGUCCUCGGCUUCCCAUACUGCUACCACCUGUUUGAUCGCGUUGGGAAGCCCAGGGUGGUGCACAAGGAGAAGUACGUCGUCCCGAGGCUCCCGGCCAUCCUGGAGCUAUGCAUCCAGGCCGGUGUCGACGUCGAGCGUUACCCAACCAAGAGGAGGACGAGGCCAGUUUACUCAAUCGACGGCAGGAUUGCAGACUUUGAGCUGGACGAUGAAGACGGCUCCUCAGAAGCAGAAACAUCACCUGAAGCUUGGUCUUAUCCAUCCCCGCCGCCUCAAACGAGUUCUGCUUGUACAGCCUAUGUCGGUAACCGGACAGAAGAAGAGAUCACUGUGAGAGAGAUGAGCUCCAGGACGCUGCAGUCCUGGCUGGAUAUGCGGUCAGGCGCAGCGAGGCUGAUGAGGAAGUACAGUGUGGUCACCUGCGGGUACUGCCCAGAUGUGCAGGUCGGGCCCAAGGGCCACAAGGUGAGGAUGUGCAAGGCUAGCAAGCACCAGCAGCGGGAUGGCCAGCACGCGUGGCAGGAAGCCACAGUAGACGACAUCGUCCCCCUGAACCAUGUCUGGCACGUCCGCGACCCAGCUGGCGACAGUGUGCCUCUCGCGAACGAGCUCAAGAGGUACUAUGGCAAGGCCCCGGCCGUGGUAGAGCUCUGCGUGCGUGCGGGCGCGCCAGUACCGGUGCAGUACAGGAGCAUGAUGCGGCUGGACGUUGUGCCGCCCGCACGCGACGAGUACGACCUCGUUGCCUGA